AUGCAGUCUAUCCCAAAGGUAGCCUCUCCAGAAACAUUAAGCCGAUCAACCGUCAGCCAGGGCGCAUGCACUUCUUGUAGAGCUAAGAAGUUAAAGUGUGAUAGACUUCCGCAUUCAUGCAACAACUGCACAAGGCUCAAGGAGCUAUGCAUUGUUGUCGACGUUGGGUCGGGAGAGCCCUAUCUGGACAGUCUUCAUGAGAAGGCGGAAGGUCUGCGGCGCACCCUUAGAGAGACCCAGCAUUCCCAACAGACCGGUUUGACUGAGCCCUUGCACACUCCAACCGCCGGUGGUACUGUUUCCACGACGUCCCCUGAUUAUAGUGGGACCGGGAGCAUCUUCAGUCUGGGUCAGCUCGUUGCCGCAGCCGUCUCGUCCGGGUCGGAUAACUCAGUCCUUCGCCUGGGGGCAGCCGUGGCCCAAGAACGUAAAACGAUAGAGCGAGCACACUCCAAAAACGUUGAACUGCCUGCGCUCGGCGAUGCUGUCGAGCUCCUGGAAUUAUAUUUCCAAGCAUUACAUGUGACCAUACCGUUCAUGAGACGGGACGAUGUUUUCGCUCAGCUUGAGCGACUGUAUACCUGCAACCCGGCCUACACUGGGGAAGACAAGACUCAGGACUUGUUCCAGGUGCAUAUGGUAUUAGCCAUUGGCGCCAUGCGACCAGCAGGACGGCGAGAGGUAGACUGUGCCCGGGACCACUAUAUGACCGCAAUGAAAAUGGAACCGCUUCUUACUGAGCAGCCGGCCUUUGCACAAGUCCAGAACCUGCUGCUUGUUUUUGUCUUUGCGGCGUUGCACGAUGUGGGGACUGCAAGUACCUGGGAAAUAAUCAGACAGGUAAUGAGGAUCUGUGUGAAGUAUGGCUUUCACAGCCGGGAAACCGCGGAGAGUGACCUGGUCCGUGAGCAACUUCGUCGAAGGAUAUUCUGGUCGGCCUAUAUCUCCGAUCGUCACUGUAGCCAGAACCUGGGGCGGCCGGUUGCUCUGUCCGAGGAAGAUAUCACCAUCGAGCUUCCUAUCAAUCAGGACGAUGCCAGGAUUAGGAAAGGUGACCUAAACGCCGCAGCCGGACAGUACACAGAAGUGACGAACCUGAUCCGGCACACACUGCUGAGACGACUUGGGACAAACGCACGAAUAGCCCUGAACCGUCUAUCACGCGAAAAGGCCGCGUUGACAGAGCAAGUAGAGAGUGCGCGAAACUGGACAGAUGCCCUUGAGGCCUGGUACAACUCCAGCAUCGUGAAGCAGAACCCGAGCAAUGCGUACGAAACGAAGGAAUACCUGGAUAUCAACUUCCACCGCGAACGAAUGAAGUUUCUCUCCUACCUCGUAGUUCCCUCGGAGGCCUGGGAGGCCUGGGAGGCCCCAGCUACGGCUCGGAUUGAGGACUUGUGGCAGUACACCCUGUCAGCUCGCCAGAUCCUACUGGCAUAUAAGAAGCAGUCGAAUGAUGGGUUCUUGGCACCGAAUUGGACGUACGUCCAAGAUGUUUUGAAGUCGGGCUUCGGCAUUCUUUACUGCGCGCUGCGGAUACCAGAGCAGCGCCGCCGCAACCGCGAGGGCUCUGGCCUGCUGGACUCGGAGCUAGACAGUGUGGUAGCGGCGCUCAGACUAUGUGGCGAGAUAUUGACUCGCAUCGUAGGCCAAUGGCAAACAGUAAAGCGACACGCCAGCGCGUUUAUUCAAAUGUCUGAGGCCGUGCUGGAGCAUAUUACGAGGGUGAGACUUGGUACUUUGUUAGAUACGCCGAUGGACGAAGCUGAGAUGGAUGGGUUUACAGCUGAGCCUGGAAUUGGACGAGGGACUACCGAUUUCGAUUUUUCCACUAUCGAUUGGACGCUGGACGUGUUUCACAGCGAGGGAGUGGUGCCUUUAACUGAUGCGGAGCUGGCAGAGCUGUUCGACCUAGCCCCAGAAGCUUCGUAG